AUGUUGAAUGGUCUCAACGACAAAUUUGACUACAUUCUGAAUGUGGUCAAACACCAGAAGCCAUUUCCCUCAUUUGAUGGCGCGAAGAACAUGCUAGAGAUGGAGGAGUCUCACCUCAAAAAGAUCCACAAAGUCACCGCAACUCACAAAGAUCAUUCUUCUUCUUCAACGGUGCUUGUAGCUACAGAUCAGCCCAACCUUGCGCCUCAACAAUACAACAAUCGGAGGAAUAACUCAGGUCGUGGUAACAGACGAGGCAAUCGCAACAAGGGACGCUACAACAACAACAACUACCAUCAGCGUCCCAACUACAACAACUGGGGUUCUCCACCACCAUGGUAUGGCUUCAACAACUGGUCGCAGCAGCCACAACAAUCACCAGCUCCAUGGAAAAUGCCUCCUCACAUUCAGUAUGCUCCGCGGCCCUAUACAUUACCAGCUCAGUGUCCUGCUCCGGCUCAAGCCCACUUGACUGACGCCAAUCUCGUGCCAACUACGGACUUUGCGGAGGCGUUCAAUACAAUGACGCUAGCGGACCCUUCACAACAUGGAUGGUUCAUGGACAGUGGUGCAACCGCACACUUAGCUUCAUCGUCAAGUAUACUUCACUUUUUUUUUAAUACGAACACCGGAAGGUCUGUCAUGGUCGGUAAUGGUUCGUCUAUACCUAUAUCUUCUUCUGGCAAUUCCAUUAUUCCAUCUCAGACUCGUCCUUUACAUUUAAAAGACGUCAUGAUUGCUCCUAACAUUAUUAGAAACCUUGUCUCUGUUUGUCGUUUCACCACCGACAAUCGGUGUUCUGUUGAAUUUGACCCAUUUGGCUUUUCCGUGAAGGAUCUGGAAACUCGGAAACUCUUACUCCGCAGUGACAGUACAGGUGAUCUCUACCCAGUGCCCUCUCAUCUUAAUAAAUCAAUGGCACUUGCGGCUAUCACCAAAGAAUCUCCUUCAACGUGGCAUAAGCGUCUUGUUCAUACGAACAACAAUGCUCUUAAUCUUCUUAUUUCUUCUGAAACAGAUAAUCCUUCUAAAGUGUUCCAGGAUAUUCUCCUAGCACCUCAGCCAACCGAGUCAGUCUCUGUUCCUCCCAAACCAACACCUGCGACGACAAAUAACGCUCCCUCUCAACCUCCAAUACCGGUCCAGAGGAUGACUAUGGGGAGUCAGAUGGAAUCCACAGGAGACACAAAGCUCGCUUGGUCGCCAAUGGCAAAACUCAACAGGCUGGAGUAG